CCCGGUCGUUGUUCCAUCGGACCCGCUUCCUCCUGGGGGUGCACGGAGCAGCGCUCACCAACACCAUAUUCAUGCCCGAGGGGGCCGCGCUGCUCGAGAUGCGCCCGAGGGACUGUCACAUCACCGUCUUCCACCCACUUGCUGCCGCCUGUUCUAUCGCAUACCACCUGCUGCUUGCUCAGGGGAAUUGCUCUUCUCCUGCGGUGGUGGAUUUGCCUAG